GGGCUACUCUCACGAGUAGCAUUUGAAAAGUUGUAGUAGUAGGUCGGAGCGCGGAUCGGAUCGGAUGCGGGUCCGGGUCCGGGUCCGGGACUGCUCUGUUUCCGUGGGCUGUGCCGCCUGAUAAUCACGUUCGAAUCUCUUUCCGCUAUCUGUGGGCAGAAAGAGAAAAACUCAUUUAAUGUGAAAAAAUUGUAAGGAAAGUUGCGCCGGCGCAUGGAAAAUCCUUUAAAUAUGUUUAACCACAAACGUGACGGGAGUUUAACCAACACAAAAGCCGGUUCCGGGUCCGAGUCCGGGUCUGAGGAGGCGCCGCCGCCUGGCAGGGAAUCCCCCCGUGUGUCCCGAAGCGACGCCCACUCCUACCUCAGGAUAGUCCUCCUCCCUCCUCCGAAAGAGUUGUGAUCUGUGUGACACUUUCAUUUGGUUGUGUCAACGCCCCCCCAACUACACGCACACACACACAGUCGGUCCCAGAUUCCAGAUUCCAGAUUUCAGGGGCGAUUCCCUGGCAAUCAUCGAAAUUGAACGGUUGCUUACGCGCGUGUUAUAGUGUGUGUGUGUGUGUGUGUUGCCAGAUGCCGUUGCCGAUGCCCCGAAGGUUCGGUCAUCAUUCCGAUCGAUGUAAGCCACAUGUGUGUCAAACGCCCCUCAUAAUGACGCGGAUCUACACCCACGAAUUUCUGCACCUAAACGGCGAGCUCUCUCUCUCUCUCGUUAUCCCAUGGAUCGCAUCUCUAGCGGCUGGAACCAAAAGUAUUCCCCAUUGAACUGGGCUAUACGAUGAGACACCGUCUGGUCCAUUUGUGCUCGCCACAAGCGCAACAAAAACCCCGAGCGCCCCAGUUUGUUUGAAAAACUCGCCGGACACGGACACGUACGACGGAUCAGAGUGCGGAUCGAUUGAUUAGUGAGAGACGACGGGACUCUGGACGCGCGCGCGAAUUGUGGGGGCCAGAGAGAGGGGAGUACAUAAGCGAUGACCAAGAUCACGAAGCCCAAGGACAAGGAGAAGGCACCGCCAACGCCGGCGCGUGCUUCUACCAAUUUGCUGGCUAAUGCGGCCAAAAUGAAGAUCACUAAAGCCCUGGCCAAUGCCAAGACGCAGCAGCAGAACAAGCAAGGACGUGCAUCAACGGCAACAAAAGAAACAAAAGAGACAGCAGCAACAGGAUCAAAUGCAACAACAACAACAACAACUGCAGUCGUACCAGCCGCAGCACUGAAAGAGACGGCUAUAGCAGCUGUUCCGACCGAAACGGAGCCUACGACAGCGGCCGAGACAGAGACGGAGACGGUGGCCGCCGCCGCCGACGACGACGACAAUGAGGCAGCGACGACGUCGACGUCGGCCACAAAUUUAUCGUCAUUUGAGUCCGCGCGUUUGCAGGCUCACACUUCAGUUGCAGCGAAACUCACAAACGAAACGGUUACCACCAGCGACACGGCGACAGCCACAGCGACUACUGCAGUUCUAGCACUAGAAUCAACAGCAUCAGCUACAGCAGUUACAGUGGAGAUCGAGAGAGAUCCUAAUCGUGUAAACAACGGUACUCAAGAGAGCAACGCGAGUGAAAGUGUCGAUAAUAAGAUCAAAGUAAUAAACUAUGCGCAUCAGCAGCAGCAACAAAUCUACGAACAUCAACAGCAGCAGCAACAACAACAACAACAACACCAGGAACAGUUUCUCAGUCAGCAAUUGAUACAAGAACAACAGCACCAGGAGCAACUGCAGCAGCAGGAACAGCAUUGGUUGGCCUACGAUUUGACCAGCGGAUCAGCAGCAGCGGCCGCAGCAGCAGCGGCGGUGCAAGCAGUCCAAGCAGUGGAUCAGAAACCCCCCGAUUUGUAUGCCUUGGCGGCCUCGCAUCAUCAUUUCUUCGGACACCUGAGCUACCCGCCACCGCAUCCACCCGCACAGCUGUACGAGCACUACCAGAGCAUCACCGGCGCCAGCACGGAUCCAUCCAUAAUGAGGAAUAACUUUGCGCUGUACAGCGUCUAUGGCGGGGGAGGAGGAGGAUCGGCCGGAGGAGUAGGAGCGGGAGGAAUGCUCACGCACGAUCAUGUGGUGGCAGCCGCCGCAGCGGCAGCAAAUGCCCACAAUACGCCCAACAUUGAUGAGGUCAUCCAGGACACACUGAAGGACGAGUGCUUCGACGACGGGCAUAGCACCAGCUAUCACAUGCUGACCUCCGUAUCAGAUUUGCAUUCCCUAAAGGAUCCCAGUCCCACCAUUUACUCACUGACGCACCAGCAACAGCAGCAACAGUUGCAGCAGCAAUUGUACCACCACCAACAGCAGCAGCAACAACAACAGCAGCAGCAACACCUCCAGCAGCAGCAGCAGCAACACCAACAACAGCAUCACCAUCACAACAACUCCGCCAGUUCGGUCGGCGGGGAUUCCCCAUCGUCCUCCUCGCAUGCACUGUCCACGCUCCAGAGCUUCACGCAGCUGACGAGCGCCGGCCACAGGGACAGCCUUUCGCCGGAACAGCAUGGGGGCUACUUCAGUCCCAGCCUGCAGACAACCAGUUCGGUGUACGCUGGACCCCUGCUCACCCAAGCGGCCAAUGGGAUGCAGUAUGGCAUGCAGUCGCCCAGCCACGCCCAUGCGCAUCUCCAGCAGCAACAGCAGCAUCCCCACCAGCAGCAGCAACAUCCCCACCAGCAGCACAAUCCCCACCAGCAACAGCAGCAGCAGCAGCUCCAUCAGCAUCACAAUUCCAGCAGCAGCAGUCCGGGACCCGUGGGUCUGGCCUCUGGAACGACUGUCAAUGGCAGUGGGCUCCUGGACGACGGCUAUGGCUCGCCAAAGAGCAGCCACAGCGGCGGCGGCGGCGGUGGCAGUGGAGGUGGCACCUUGCCUGCCUUUCAGCGCAUUGCAUCGGCGACCAGCGGCUACGGCAACGGCGUGGCCAAUGGCUCUUCGGUGGUCAGUGGAGCCGAACGGUCCGCUGGCUAUGCAUCGCUGGCCAAUUAUCGCACUCAGAGCGAUGCCUGGACGGGUCAUUACGAGCCAAUCAGUUACGCAGCAGCCACCGCAUCCGGUGUCCAGACACAGCUUGGAGGCGGCCUUGGUGGGGCCGGGGUGAUACGCAACGGACGAGAGAUAUAUGCCGCGAAUGCAGCAGCAGCGGCGGCGGUAGAUGGCGCCGCAGGACGAGUGGAUCCAGGAUCCUAUCUAACAGCAUCCGCAUCGUUGUCAGCAAUGGCCGCUGAAUCGGGCGGGGAUUUCUAUAAGAGCUACCCAUUUAAUGUGAACGCCAGCGGCAGUGGCCGUAGUAAGGCCAACACCCCAACAGCCGCGGGCACAGUCAUAGCCACUGCUGCUGCAACUGCUGUUGCGGCGGGGGCAACGGCAGCCCCAGCGACAGCUUCGACGGCAGCGGUAAAUGCAACAACGACGCUUGAAGAGCACGUUAGUCGCGCCAAUUCGAGACGCUUGAGUGCCUCGAAGCGCAAUGGCCUGUCGUGCAGCAAUUGCCUCACCACCUACACAUCUUUGUGGCGCCGCAAUCCUGCCGGAGAGCCUGUGUGCAAUGCCUGCGGGCUGUACUUUAAGCUGCACAGCGUCACGCGUCCGUUGGCCAUGAAAAAGGAUACCAUUCAGAAACGCAAACGUAAACCCAAGGGAACGAAGAGUGAAAAGUCCAAGAAAAUGAAAAUGGCACUGAAUGCCAAUAUAGAGGGAGGUUCAGGCAAUGGUGCAGGGUCUGCAGGCUCUGGCUCCCACAAUGUGGGCCUGAGCUUGGACGUCAACGAAGAUAUGAAACCAUACAUGCCAUACACCACAACCACAUCGCAACACCACCAGCAGCAGCAGCAACAGCAGCAAUCACAGCAACAGCAGCAGCAUCAUCAUCAGCUCAUUGCUGAUCAGCAGCAGCAUUCAUCGGCUGCCAGUUCGCCUCAUAGCAUGGCCUCCUCCUCACUAUCCCCCUCAGCCACAUCACAUUCCCAUUCGCAUCAACAACAGCAGCAGCAACAGCAUCAGUUGUGCUCUGGCCUGGACAUGUCGCCCACGUCGCCCUAUCAAAUGUCCCCCAUCAACAUGCAGCAGCAGCAACAUUCAUCCCAUCAGCAACAGCAGCAAUCCUGCAGCAUGCAACAGCAUUCGCCCAGCACUCCCACCUCCAGCACGGCCUCUAUUUACAAUACACCAUCGCCCACCCACCACCAUCAACACAGUAUCCAUAAUAACAAUAACAAUAACAAUAGCACAUUGUUCAACAACAACAACAACAACAACAGUAGCAAUGAGAAUAACACGAAAAUUAUACAGAAAUAUCUGCAAGCUCAACAAUUGAGCGCGAACAGCAACAACAGCAACAGCAACAGCGGGAGCGGGAGCUCGGAUCAUCAUCUAUUGGCGCACCUGAAUGCGAACUCCAUUACGACGGCAACACUUGCAGCAGCGGCUGCAGCGACGAUCAAACCAGAGGCCACAUCGUCCACAGCCACAGCCACAGUGACGGGAUCAACACCGACCACGGCAUCGAGCACAUUAUCCUCACUGAGCCUCAGCAACAGCAACAUUAUCAGUCUGCAAAAUCCCUAUCAACAGCUGGGGCUUGGACCGCAGGCGAUGGCAUUGUCUAAGCCAGGAGGACGCGCCGCCUCCCCGCUCUACUAUAUCACGGAGGAUGAGCAGCACAUCAAACUGGAGCAGAUAGAACAUCAGCAUCAUCAGGAGCACCAGCACUCCCAUCAACAGCAUCAGGGAGAGCUAAUGCUCAGCCGAUCGGGCUCGCUGGACGAGCACUACGAACUAGCGGCCUUUCAGCUGCAGCAGCAAGAGCUCCGUCUUCAGCAGAGUCUGCUCCACGAGCAGCAGGUGGCCAGCUAUGCCAUGCAAGCAAAGCAACUGCAGGAGCUGGAACGCAAGUACGGCGUGGAUCGGGAGACUGUGGUGAAGAUGGAGUAGACGGUGAAGAUAUACAUGGUGCACUGUAGCAUGACCAAAGAUCCUGUUGUUAAAUCUCAUAGCUCCAAAGAAUUUUUAGCGUGUAUACCCAAGAGCAGUUCUCCAAGAACCCUCCUCUAAACUCUACCCUCUAUUCUCUACAUAAGAUUUAAGCAAAUUGAUUGACAUUUCCAUUAGGCCACUCUGAAUCGCGCAUAACUCGAAUUUUUCGUUAUUUAAAACCUAGUUUAAUUCUUAGAAAAUUGCUAUAUUAUCGAAUGCAGAACCUAGUUUAAUCGCCAUCCAAAGCCCUGAGAGAAGUUCGUCGUGUGGCAUCUCUUUGGUGUGGCAUCCAUUUAACUUUUUUUAUUUGUUAUCAAAUCGAAUGAAUACCUUUUGAGAUUUCUCCUACAAUCAGAUCCCACUUAGAAAUUAGAGCUCUUAAUUUUAGUUGCGCAACAAAAAGCGAAAACAAUGAAAAAA